AGGCGGCGGCGGCGGCGGCCGAGUCGGUGGUGGCGGAGGUGAAGGCGACAGCUCCAGGGGGUGGUGGUGGCACCGACAGCAGGAUGCGGGUCCAGGUGGGGCUGACGCUGCUGCUCUAUGCGGCGCUGCUGGGUCCGGCCAUGGUGUCCUCGGAUGAAGAAGGCAGCCAGGAUGAAUCCUUAGAUUCUAAGUCUCCUUUGCCACCAGAUGAGUCAGUAAAGGACCACAACACUGCAGGAAGAGUAGUCGCUGGCCAGAUAUUUCUUGAUCCAGAGGAAUCAGAAUUGGAAUCCUCUAUUCAAGAAGAGGAAGACAGUCUCAAGAACCAAGAGGGAGAAAGUGCCACAGAAGAAAUCAGCUUUCUAGAAUCUCCAAAUCCAGAAAACAAGGACUAUGACGAACCAAAGAAAGUACGGAAACCAGCUUUGACUGCCAUUGAAGGCACAGCCCAUGGGGAGCCCUGCCAUUUCCCUUUUCUCUUCCUGGAUAAGGAGUAUGAUGAAUGUACAGCAGAUGGGAGGGAGGAUGGCAGACUAUGGUGCGCCACAACGUAUGACUACAAGGCAGACGAAAAAUGGGGCUUUUGUGAAACCGAGGAAGAGGCUACUAGAAGACGACAGAUGCAAGAAGCAGAAAUGAUGUAUCAGACUGGAAUGAAAAUCCUCAAUGGAAGCAAUAAGAAAAGCCAAAAGAGAGAAGCAUAUCGAUAUCUUCAAAAGGCAGCAAGCAUGAACCAUACCAAGGCCCUCGAGAGAGUAUCUUAUGCCCUUUUGUUUGGUGAUUACCUGACACAGAAUAUCCAGGCAGCUAAAGAGAUGUUUGAGAAACUGACUGAGGAAGGUUCUCCCAAGGGACAGACUGCUCUUGGCUUUCUCUAUGCCUCUGGACUAGGUGUUAAUUCAAGUCAGGCAAAGGCCCUUGUGUAUUAUACUUUUGGAGCUCUGGGGGGCAAUCUAAUAGCACACAUGGUUUUGGGAUACCGCUACUGGGCUGGCAUCGGAGUCCUCCAGAGUUGUGAAUCUGCAUUGACUCACUAUCGGCUUGUUGCCAAUCAUGUUGCUAGUGACAUUUCGCUAACAGGAGGCUCAGUAGUACAAAGAAUACGGCUGCCUGAUGAGGUAGAAAACCCAGGAAUGAACAGUGGGAUGCUAGAAGAAGAUUUGAUUCAGUAUUACCAGUUUCUAGCUGAAAAAGGCGAUGUACAAGCACAGGUUGGGCUGGGACAGCUGCAUCUGCACGGAGGACGUGGAGUAGAACAAAAUCAUCAGAGAGCAUUUGACUACUUCAAUUUGGCAGCUAAUGCUGGCAAUUCACAUGCUAUGGCCUUCUUGGGAAAGAUGUAUUCAGAAGGAAGUGAUAUUGUGCCUCAAAGUAAUGAGACGGCUCUGCACUACUUUAAGAAAGCUGCUGACAUGGGCAACCCCGUUGGGCAGAGUGGGCUUGGAAUGGCGUACCUCUACGGGAGAGGAGUUCAAGUUAAUUAUGAUCUGGCACUGAAGUAUUUCCAGAAAGCUGCUGAACAAGGCUGGGUGGAUGGGCAGCUACAGCUUGGUUCUAUGUACUAUAAUGGCAUUGGAGUCAAGAGAGAUUAUAAACAGGCGUUGAAGUAUUUCAACUUGGCUUCCCAGGGAGGCCAUAUCUUGGCUUUCUACAACUUAGCACAGAUGCAUGCCAGCGGCACUGGUGUGAUGCGAUCCUGUCACACUGCAGUGGAGUUGUUUAAGAAUGUGUGUGAACGAGGCCGUUGGUCUGAGAGGCUUAUGACUGCCUAUAACAGUUACAAAGAUGGUGACUACAAUGCUGCCGUGAUCCAGUACCUCCUGCUGGCUGAGCAGGGCUACGAAGUGGCACAGAGCAAUGCAGCCUUCAUUCUUGAUCAGAGAGAAGCAACCAUUGUAGGUGAGAAUGAAACUUAUCCCAGAGCUUUGCUACAUUGGAACAGGGCUGCCUCCCAAGGCUAUACUGUGGCCAGAAUUAAGCUUGGAGACUACCAUUUCUAUGGAUUUGGCACAGAUGUAGAUUAUGAGACUGCAUUUAUUCAUUAUCGUCUGGCUUCUGAGCAGCAACACAGUGCACAGGCCAUGUUCAAUCUGGGAUAUAUGCAUGAGAAAGGACUAGGCAUUAAACAGGAUAUUCACCUUGCCAAGCGUUUCUAUGACAUGGCAGCUGAAGCCAGCCCGGAUGCACAAGUCCCAGUCUUCCUAGCUCUAUGCAAAUUGGGCGUUGUCUAUUUCUUGCAGUAUAUACGGGAAACAAAUAUUCGAGAUAUGUUCACCCAACUUGAUAUGGACCAGCUGUUGGGACCAGAGUGGGACCUUUACCUCAUGACUGUCAUCGCAUUGCUGCUGGGAACAGUCAUAGCUUACAGGCAGAGGCAGCACCAAGACAUGCCUGUACCCCGGCCUCCUGGGCCACGGCCAGCGCCGCCGCAGCAGGAGGGGCCUCCGGAGCAGCCGCCACCACAAUAACAGCCACUGUUUCCAGCCUCAGUCAGUGACAGCUAAGGAAGCUGUUUGCUGAGAGCACGUGGACUUGACUUAGGACUUUGGAUCAGUGGCCACCUCCCGGAAGAGGCACAGGAAGCAUUGAGUUCCUAAAGCUGCUUAGAAUCUGAUGCCUUUAUUUUCAGGGAUGAGUAACUCUCACCUACACUGAGUUGAAUGUUUGUUCAGUGCCAUAUGGAAUAACAACUCUCAGUGGCUUUCCUCUUUUUUUUUUUUUUUUUUUCCUGGAAACAUGAGACACACACAAAGUAAUGUCUGCUGCAUCCAGCUGUCUUUCUUGGGCCCUUUCUGUCAUUCUCUCAAUGUGCAUAAGUUCUUAUGUUAGCCAUCUUUAAAGUCAUGUACAUUGACAGUAAAAACUGAUCAAUGUAAAAAGGAAAGCCCAGUUAGUUGCAAGUUUAACCUUAAACAUAUUUAGAAGUCUAAAAAUAGAAUUUGCGUUUUAAGUAAAAAAAAAAAAAAAAAAAAAAAAAACGUUUUGGAACUGCAGUAACAGAAACUUUUACCAGUCCCCAUGCGGUAUACAUAUUCUGCAUAUUUGUUAUUUUUAAAGGGAGGUUUCUUUUUAUUGGUGAUUGUCAUACUUUAUACCAUACUUCCCUCCUUCAAAGACUGAGAGGCCUUGUUAAAGAAUUCUGUGUAGACUUCUCCUCUUUGGAAUGACCUAUAUAUAAAACUUUGUGACUUCUUGCACUAACAUGUGAAUUUGCCCCACCUACUCAGUGUAAUUAGCUUGUUUUGAGUAUGCAGAGCCUUGAUCCAGAAGCCAGGGGAUGAACUAACUAAAUGGAAAAAUUAGAAAACAGUAGCAACUCUGGAUGAGGUACCAAGGUCACAAACACACUUUUCGAAAAGUUGAAGGAUUUGUUCCCAGGAUUUAUCUUAAUUUACAUUUCUUAUUGCACAAAGAAUAGAUCACCCACCUGAGUUUUACAAAUAUGAACUAUCCUUGCCAGGAUGGGGCAUAUAGUGACUACUGUAACAUCCUGAAAGUCUGCCGAAGAAUCAAACAUGGAUUAAACUCAGUGGUUGACAAAAGCCAGAUCCUGUUUGUACUGUUGUGCACUAUUCAGGUGGUUUUUUAUCUCUGACAAUUUAUAUCACAGUAGAAAGCCACUUGCUUAGCUUUUAACUCACCAUCGUCCUGGUAACAUUAGGAAAAUCAAGGCUACUAAGAAUCAUGUGAUGAAAUAGUAUGGGGGAUAAAACAACUACAGAAUUGAGAAGUUCACAUGAUCACACAAAUGGAAGAAUUAAACCAAAUUUGUAUUUCCUUCUGUUGUCAGUAGGUGUUGUGCACUAGCCUGUCUCCAAGACUGUUAGUAAGCAAGCAGGCUAUCUAUGCCUGCUGACAUCAGUCUAUUUAUGUUAACCUUUAUGCUUUGUUCUCAUAAUCCCUCAGCUGCCAGAAGACUUGAAGAGUUUAUUACUUUUAGAGUUGCAAUGUUUUGGUUUUUGAAGUUGGAAUUGUAUUUAGAACUAAAUUUAAUUAGUCCAGAAUUUACAUGAAGGCUUUAAAUGUGAAGUUGUGUACUUUUUUAUGUUUAGAGUAUUAUGGGAAACUGGUCCUCCUAGAUAAUUGCUUCUAACUUGGAAGAUGUCAUCACAGAGAGAAUUAUUUAUAAGGAAACAUGUUUGUUUGAAGAUAGGAAAUCAGAAGUAUAAUGUUGCUUUGGGAAGUUCUUGUGAAUAUUAAGGGUGUUCGGUCUCUGACCCCUAGAGAUCUGAGUACGGUCGAUGUAAUGCAUUGUUGUCUCCACUGCCUCUUCUCCCCUACACCUUCAUAGUAAGUAUAAUCCAUGGUAGCAGCCACACUUCUUUUAGAAGGAACUCUAUUAAUUUAUUUAAAAGUUGAAAACCACCUAAGAUGACUGUCAACUUACUUUUUUUUCCCUGUACCGUCUGAUCAAUCCUUUAGGGGCAUUUUUAUAUGUAUCUUCACUUCCCUCAGAAAUAUUUCUUAAACGAGUGUGCACUACCUAGGCCACGUGGGAAAGUGUAGUGUCGUUCUUUAGUAACAAACGUCCUGCUUGUCGACUCCCGCUUUGCGCUCUUUCUCAGUACUCCUAGUUCAGAUACCCUUUCCUUGGCUUCUUCCCAUCUUCUCUAAUUUGCUACCAGAAAUCUGAAUGGUUUAUUUAAAAUAGCUUAGUCCUUAUGGCUUAAAAACUGUCUCAAAAUACUUUGUCCCCUUUUUCUUUUUUGUUCAUGGGACAUGGUACCUAAGCAAAGAGGAAUUGGGUUUAGUUUUUCUCCUAAAAAUAAUGCUCAAUACUUACCUAAUCAAAUGGCAUCCAUUUGAAUAAAGUGACAAUAACUAAAGCUAGUUAAUGUCAGUGACAUUAAACUAACUCCAGGAUUCAGGAGUUUUAAUGUUAGAACUUAGACUUAACAGAUAGAGUGUGGUUUCAUUUCUCUCUGGUAGCUCAUCUUCCUUACCCUUAGACUGAGUCUUCCUGCCUUGGAAGGGGAUGACAGUAGAACUCUAUUGAGCUCAGACAAGUAUUCUCCUGUACAUUUGGUUUGCUGGUUAACCAGCCGUUUCAGGGUCUUGAGUCCAUCCGUGUUGCUUCUGUUUUGUUGUACAAAGGUAGCAUUGGUGCUUUUUUUUUUUUUCUGUGUUGCCUAAAGUUAUUGCUUCUGUUUUCUGGGUGAGACUUACUUUAUUAAUUAAUAGUCAAGUGGCACAGAAAAAAUAAAUCAAAGCCUUCUAUUUUUCAAAAUUCAUUAUUUAGCACUUGAAUCAGAUUAGCUUAUGAAUCAUUAGUUUUGAUACUCGAGUAUCAAGAGAUACUCUGCAUAAAAGGCGGAUCUGUAGCUUUUGCCACUAUGCUAUUUUAUUUCUGUACUAUUGGGAGGCUUUAGAAAAUUUCACCAGUGUUCUGGUGAUGAUCUGAUGGUUUAUUCAAUUAAGGAGCUAUGCACGCCUCCAGGAAACCUAAGUAUUUUAUAUAUAGGAUAUUUGUUUUUUGGGCUUUUUGGUUCUUUUUGCUUUGGUUUCACUCCCUUCUUUGUUCCUCGUGUUUGUUCUUCAAACCAAUGUCUAGGAAGUAUGCAUGCAGGCCUAUGAAUGAAAACCACAGUUCUUCAUUUGUGUAGCAUGUGUAUCAAUGUCCAACUACGUAUGCAAAAACUUCCUUUAUGGAGAGUUGAACUAAUACGUCACAUGCACAUUUCAGAACAAGAUGCUUAAGGUAAACAGCCCUGUUUUUACCUGCCGAGAUGAGCAUGGCUAUAUUUGUUCCAGUGACAGCUGGUAUUUGUUUUGAAAGCCAGUCCGAUAUACAUUACACAAUAUUGUGACUAGCAGCAUGCAUGAAAUAACGAGAGCAAAAGAAAACUUCUAUUUUCAUGCAAAUCUUUUUCAUCAGACAUUACUCUUAAAUAUAAGUGAAAAUAAAAUUUCUGAAUGCUGUAUUGUCUUAGGCGCUACCUGGUUUUUAAAUGUGUAAUUUUCAUUGAAAACAAGCUAAAUUUCUCCAUUCUCAAAGUAUUUUAAGAGAAAUUAAAACAAGUAAAACUGUUUUGCAUUUUAAAGUGACUAUUUACACAAGUGAAAAUCUGGUUUUGUGUGCGUGGGAAGGAUCCCUUAGUUGUACGCAGGGAGCCAUCUCAAAUGUGCUGUUUCUCAGAUUUGGAUGACAAGCAGGCUGAUGCUAUUUUCUUUGAUUUAUUAAAAUGUUGAUAUGAUCAAGGCAUAACCACUAUAAAUAUUUAGGAGAGGAAGUUUAGAAAGACCAUAAGAUGGCAUUGUAAAGGAACACCAUGUUAGACUUUUUUUUGUAAAUUUAUUUUGUAUUUAAUGAAACGCAGUAUAAAGGGUGGUGAAGUGUAAUAUAAUUGUGUAAACAAACAAAUCCUGUUAAUAGAGAGUUGUACAGAUUUGUUUUGUACUGUAUCUUGAAACUUGUGAAAUAAAGAUCCACCUCCAGUUA